CUUAUUGAUAUUUCUUUAAAUGUCUAAAAAAUAAAAAUAUGUCUGUUUUAUUUCCAACAGUUUUAAUUUUGUUAUUAUUACUAAAUGUUAGUUCUUUAACUUUUAGUCAAAAUGUCCGUACUAAUAAACAACACUCCUUAUGUCAAAUUCAGGCACAGAUUCUUGCUGACCAUUGUACUGGGUAUGAGAAAACUACUAAUACAGAUGAAGACAAAAAAGCAAUUUUAAACAAAAUAAAUUCUCGACGGAAUAAAGUAGCUUCUGGUAAUAUAAGCUCGUUUCCGUCUUCGGAAAAUAUGAUGAAAUUGGAAUGGAGCGAUGCUUUGGAAACAUCAGCACAGAGAUGGGCAGAUCAAUGUGUCUUACAAAAUUCCUCUGAUAUUUUGGAUCCCUGUCGAGAUUUAGAAAACGUGUUAGUGGGCCAGAACAUUGCGACGGUACACGGUGAUGCACCAGGACUAUGGCCUGUAUCAUUGGUUGAUGUGUGGUAUAUGGAGUUAUUGCACACCAAUGCUUCAAUAAUAUCUCGUUAUAUUCCAUCAUCAGAGACGGGAUUAUCGCAUUACGAUUAUUUCACGCAACUGGUUUGGGCUGAAUCCAGUCAUGUUGGUUGCGGCAGCGUUAAAUAUAAACAAAUCAUAAAUGACAAAAAUAAAAUUAUGAAUAAAACCAUAAAUAGAUUAGUAUGCAAUUUUUCACCAAGUGGGAAUCUUUUAUAUAAGACUGUUUAUAAUGUAGGACCGGCUUGUUCAAGAUGUUUAUAUGAUUCCGUCUGCGAUACCAAAUAUGAAGCUUUAUGUUCUACUCCUAACCAGAAAGAGACAGAAAAUGUUUCCAAGAAUAUGACUGAUAUAGCACAGAAAUUCAAUAAAGCUAAUACACACCGCCAAAAUUUAUCAGACUAUACAAAAAUAAACAGAACAACCACAGACUUAACUGAAGACUAUGAUUAUUUUACUCCAUAUAAUUAUUUCUCACGAUUUUUAGAAACACCUAAACUUACGACUACAUUAAAUGUUGAUAAUAGCAGUUCUUGUAAAGUCUUAGUAGCUGUUGAUAACUUAUUAGAGUUAAUAAAAAAAAAGCUCGGUAAAGAUCCAAUAUUCAAGGAGCUCAUUUUAAGUGGUUCAACACAAGUGUCUGAUAUCCCUAACACAUAUACUGACAUGAGUGUAGCAGCAUUAGUAAAUCAGCUUUAUAGCACAAAAGAAGUAGCCACUACAGUAAAACCAACUGAAAGCGACAAUAUUAAUUCUACUUUACUUAUUGAUUUAGUGGAAGCUGUAAUAUUUAGAAAUGGUGAUAAAAUUUCAACAACAGAAGGCAGAUUAGAAAUUAUACAACCAGAAUCUCAUAUGAGUCCCGUAAAGAUACGGGCUGAGCUUCCUGAAGUAAAACUGAAUAAUGACUUUAGUGGACAUUACUUUUUUCCUGAAGAUGAAUCCGAAGAAAUAAGUUCUGAAACAACUCAAAUAUACGAUGAUAUUUCAGAACUUCCAAUAUCUGAUAUAGCUUUGGAAAUUGAAGAUUUGAAGCGACAAAAAUCCACAAAAGAUUUUUUGGAAGAUAUAAUUGAAUUCGAGUCUGCACCUGAAAAUUUUGUGAUAAGAAAUAAGCGUCAAAUUUACUUUGAAAAUGGUAAAAACAACCGUAAAAUACAUCAUAACAAAAACGAUGUACCUUUGAGAAAACUAAGGAAUACAAAAGAGUUGGAUUUAAUAAACAACAGAGAUUACUUUGUUAUUAGAUAUAAUAUAUUAUUAGAAAAAAUUGCACAAGACUUAAAAAUAUUGAAACUUAAUGAAAGAUUUCACUGCUCUGGAAGUGUAUGCUUGAAAAAAUCUUUUGAAUUA